UACUAUUUGUACCAAAAUGGCGAAAUCGGUCAGUCUUGUUUCAUGGAAAAUAGGCCAGCAGAAACACAAACUCACAGAGCUUUCCAUACUUCUCUCUAGCUGCUGUAAAAGAAUUAUCAAUCAUCAAAAUCAUGGGAAGCGAUAGAAAAUCCAAACGACACAGUUAUUCCUCACCCUCGGACUCCGAAGCAGAUGAGAGGAAAAGCAAGAGGCACAGAACAGUAGAAGAUGAGGAGAAAAAGAAGAGGAAGUUGGAAAAGAAAGAGAAAAGGAAAGACAAGAAAUCUCUCAAGCAUUCCAAGGAAAAAUCUGAUAAGGACAAGAAGUCGAAAGAGACAUACAAAAGCAAACGUAGUAAAGGAGAUGUCCCGAAGGGAAUCCAAGAGUUGUCCAGUGAUGAUUAUUUUGCCAAGAACAAUGAGUUUGCUACCUGGCUAAAAGAAGAAAAGAAUGUCUUCUUCUCUGACCUUUCGUCCGAGUCAGCACGCGAGAUGUUCUCGGAUUUUGUUAAGGCUUGGAACAAAGGGAAGCUUGAGACGAAUUACUAUGAAGGCAUUGCGAGCGGCCCUCGCACGGCACAUAACUGGAAAAUCAAGAAGUAGAUUUGACGAAACCUGUUUAACCACUCCCUUGAAACUCAGUAAAUAUAGAUGGAUCUCUUCCUGAAUCUGCUGUUCAUGACAUUCCAAAGGAAAGAGGACAAGAGCAGAAAAUUAGUUGAAACAAGAAAAUUUGGUGGAUUUUGGCUUCGAUUAGUUUAAUAGCGGGUAGGUUGUUAUUUUCUCGUGUUUCGAUGAAUUAAUGUCUUACCAAGGAAUAGUAGAUCAAUAUAUGACUCUCUCUUUAUGUAGGGAGCUAUCUAUGCAUAUGUAGCAUUUACCUCAGUAUAGCAAAAUAUUUUAUUUUGUUUUAUAUGAGGAUGUCUCAUCUAUGGCAUAACCCGGAGUAUUUUCCCCCUCAUAAUGUGUAGCACAUUAUCAGUAUUUGUGGAGAAUCCCAACGUUAUUUAC